AUGGCUCUUUUAUUUCGCUCUACACUUAUUCAAUUAUUAACAAAAACAACACGACCGAUGUUGAUGACUAUGGCAUCAACUGGACGUCGUAAUAUGUCAUCACACAGUAAAGAAACUGAUGAAGAAUUUGAUCAACGAUGGAAAGCUUAUUUUGAACGACCAAAUAUCGAUGGUUGGGAUAUACGUCAAGGUAUAAAUCAUAUGAAUCGUCUUGAUUUAAUUCCUGAACCCGAAAUAAUAUCCGCUUGUCUUCAAGCAUGUCGUCGUGUAAAUGAUCAUUCAUUAGCUGUUCGUUAUUUGGAAGCAAUUCGUUAUAAAUCGAAUGCCGUUUCAAAAGAAGUAUGGCCAUGGAUUCUUCAAGAAAUUCGUCCAACAUUAAAUCAAUUGGGUGUAUCAGCACCAGAAGAUUUAGGUUAUGAUAAACCUGAACUAGCUUUAAAAUCAGUUGAUGAUAUGUAG